AAUCAUAUUUAUCCAUGCCCAGCCCGGCAAGCAGUCUUCCUCGGAUAAUUCAUUUGAAUCAUGCAAUCAACGGGUCAAAGCUGCUACGAAGCUGCUGAUUCGAAGAGGCUGCUGCUGCUAAGAGAAAAGAAGGUGAUGGAUUUAGUGCCGCGCGACAAGCGAAGAAGACUAGUGGAGGUGCCCUACACCGCAACGCUAGCCGAUACCAUGAAUACUCUUCUGGCUCACCGGGUGGCGGCCGUGCCGGUGGCUGCACCGCCCGGGCAGUGGAUCGGUGCCGGCGGCUCCAUGAUUCUCGAGCACGAUAAGAGCACCGGCGCCGCCAGGAAGCAUUACAUAGGGAUGGUGACGAUGCUUGAUGUGCUGGCUCAUAUUGCCGGGGACGGUGAAGAAGAUCUUGACCUGAAAAUGGCGGCUCAAGUCUCUUCCAUUAUCGGUCAUUGCCUUGAAACUCUCACCUUGUGGACACUCAAUCCUGCUAUGAGCCUUGUGGACUGUAUGGAAGUGUUUAGCAAAGGCAUUCACCGCGCCAUGGUUCCACUGGAGAGCCUGCAGCAAAGCGAGAGCUUGGCGGGCGUAGAGCUGGUGGAGUCGGCGUCAAGCUACGGGAUGCUCUCCCAAAUGGACGUUUUGAAGUUCCUGCGAGAAUACAAUAGGCAACACCCCGAAGGAGAGCUCAAACACAUAAUGUCAUGCCGCAUCAAAGUCGAGGACGAUGCCGCGGCCGUUUUCGGGAUUUCCGAUGAGUCCACGGUCAUGGAUGCCAUCAAAUGCAUGAAGGCGGCUUUACUCACCGCCCUGCCCAUCCUCCACUCUCCCAUUGCCAUUCAAGAACAUCACUCACAACUCUUUAAUGGGAAAAACAUGAAAGUGAGGGCGACAUUCUCCGCAACAGAUCUAAGGGCAUGCCCUAUACCGCUUCUGAAGACUUGUCUACAAUGGAAGGUGGUGGAUUUCUUGCGGAUGCAGGAGGUGAUGAGGCCGUCACUCGUAGCUGGGACAAGAGAGAUGACGCUAGGGGAGGCGGUGGAGAAGGUAGUGUGCAAUGGGGUGCACCGCAUUUGGGUGGUUGAUCGUCACGAUUUGCUUCAAGGCCUUUUGUCUCUCACCGAUAUUCUUAAACUCAUCCGCCUUUCUCUGCUCGGAUCUUUUGCAACACCCACCGGGAAGACAUCUAUAUAGUAGUUAUAAUUAAUAAUUAAUAAUAGAUGAAUGAAUAUGAUGCAUCCAUCUUAUCAAUAUGCUCAUGUAUGUAGUGCUAAGAUUUGAAGGAAUAAAAGUAAUUUUAGUAAUAUAAAAUAUGGAGUAUAAAGAGGUGAGAGUGUUUCUAGAACCUCCC